AUGCCGCAAAAUUGCUGUGUCCCUGGCUGCACUAAGAAAGUUUACGAAGAAGAUGGUAUUAAGAUCUCUUACCACAAGUUUCCUGAAAAUAGAGAUUUAUUUAUGAAGUGGAUCGUUGCCAUUCGAAGAGAUGAGGGUAAAGAUUUCAAGGUGACAGAACACACGAGAGUUUGCUCGCGACAUUUCAAAUCGUCAGAUUAUCUACCGUCACUCACAGGCCGUAAAAAGAGUUUGAAAUCCAUGGCAGUCCCAUCUUUGUUUCCUUGGAAGCAGGGUUCGCCGAUCAAGCAAAAAUCACCGAGGAAAAGAACUCUGAUUUUGAAAAAAACCACGACAAAAUCACAGGAGACGACAAUUGCGCCAGCACGAGUCGACAACUGUUCCACGUGCGAUCUAGUGACAUUUCAAGAAUCUCGCGCUUCCUCCCCGUCAACACUAGCAGAUUCGGCAAGCACCACAGUAGAAGAACCAGCUGAGGAUCUGGAAGCUCUUAUUUGCAAACUUAAACUUGAAAAUGAACGGCUUGUCGGGGAAAUCCGUAAAAUCACUAUUUCUAAUAACAAUUUCCAGUCGGAAGUAGAGGAACUUAAACGCCAGAACGAUUCCUUGCAGUCAAGAGUGUUCUGCAUUGAGAAAUUUUUGCCCUCGGAGAAGGAUGUUGCUUUUUAUUUAUAUCCCAAACAAAAAUGUCUUAGAAAGUGUUUUCGCGUUUUUAGAUCCUGUGUAAUUCCAGUGUGGCCAUCAAGAGCAAAAGUGGAUUUGUGCAUGCCUGCUGACUUUAAAGACAAAUACCCCUCAACUAGGGUCGUUAUUGACUGUACUGAGGUACGAUGCCAGAUGCCCAAGAGUCUACGCCUUAACAGUGAACUUUUUAGUUCUUACAAAAACCACACAACUCUUAAAGGUUUGAUUGGCAUCUCACCAGGAGGUGCUAUUACCUUCAUCAGCCAGCUAUACACUGGUCAUAUUUCUGACAGGGAAAUUGUUACAAGAUCAGGAUUUCUGAAUCUGCCUUUUAAUAGGGGAGAUUCUGUCAUGGCCGAUAAAGGCUUUACUAUUCAGGACCUUCUACCCCUUGGAGUGUCCCUAAAUAUUCCACCUUUUUUGGGAAGCAAGGGUCAAAUGAGCGCAGCAGAAGUUGUUGAGACACAGUCGAUCGCUUCUGUUCGGAUUCAUGUUGAAAGGGCAAUAAAUAAAAUUAAAAAUUUUCAUAUAUGGGAUUGUGUAGUACCGUUCACCCUGUUUGGGGUUGUAAACCAAAUGUGGGCGGUAUGUGCCAUGCUAUGCAAUUUUCAGAACAGUAUCAUAAGUGCAUAA